AUGCUUUCAAGUCGCGUGUCAAUGGCUGCUCGCUCUGCGGUCUUUAGCCAAACCCGUCGGGGCCUUGCUACCGCUGCCGCCGUCGCCGCCGGAACGAGGAGCCACAAGGUCGUUGUCAUUGGAGGAGGCUCUGCUGGUCUCGCUAUCAGCCAUCAACUUCUCCGAACAGGCCGUUUCACCCACGAUGACAUCGCUGUUGUUGACCCUGCUCAGCACCACCACUACCAGCCCGGAUGGACACUCGUUGGUGCCGGUCUCAAGACCAAGGAGGAGUUGAAGAUGAACAUGCCUGAGCUCAUCGACCCCAAGAUCAAGUUCUAUAACGUCAGCGUCAACGGGCUUACUCCUGAGGAUAACGCUAUCACUCUCGGAACUGGUGACAAGGUCAACUAUGAGCACCUUGUUGUUGCACCUGGUAUCAAGAUCAACUACGGCAGUGUCAAGGGUCUUACUGAGGCUCUUGCCGAGAAGAGCAGCCCUGUCUCCUCCAUUUACGGCUACGACCACUGCGACAAGGUUUUCCCCAACAUUCAGCGCCUCCAGAAGGGUAACGCCAUCUUCACCCAGCCCGCCGGUGUGAUCAAGUGCGCCGGUGCUCCUCAAAAGUCCAUGUGGCUGGCCCUCGACCACUGGAAGCAGACUGGUCUUUACAACCCCACCAACCCUUCCGCCUCUCCCAUCAAGAUCAGCUUCGCCACCGGUCUGCCCGUCAUGUUCGGUGUUCCCAAGUACAGCGCCGAGCUCGAGAAGAUGCGUCAAGAGCGCGGUGUCGAGGGUCUUUUCCAGCACGACCUCGUCGAGAUCAACGGCGACAAGGCUAUCUUUGCUCGUCCUGAGGGUCAGGAGAAGGUUACCAAGCAGUUUGACUUCCUACACGUCGUUCCCAAGAUGGGACCUCACGAUUUCGUCAAGAGCAGUGCUCUUGCCAACGAGGCUGGUUACGUCGAUGUCAACGACAACACUCUCCGCCACAACAAGUUCGCCAACGUCUGGUCUGCCGGUGACGCCUCCAGUCUUCCCACCUCCAAGACCGCUGCCGCCGUGACGUCCGAGGCCCCCGUUCUGGUCAGCAACCUUCUCCGCGCCAUGGAUGGCCAAGAGCCCGAGCCCGCGUACGACGGCUACACCUCCUGCCCUCUCCUGACCGAGUACGGCAAGGUGAUGCUGGCCGAGUUCAAGUACGGUGGUGUUCCCAAGGAGACCUUCGGCGAGAUUUUGGGUAUUGACCAGGCUGUUCCCCGACGCUCGUUCUACCACCUUAAGAAGGACUUCUUCCCUUGGGUGUACAAGAACUACAUGGUCAAGGGAACAUGGGGAGGACCUAAGGGUUGGUUGAAAUAG